UCUACAAAAUUAAAUAUAAGUUAGAUUGUUACUAGAAAAAUCGCAGCUUUAGGCUGUUCUCUUUCAGACAGUUCAAACAGUUUGAUUAGUAACGCUUUGGAGCUGAGAAUGUUCGGAAUCGGUAACCGUUGUUCGGCUUAGCCAUGGUUAUGAAAAGAUCAAGCUGUUGGUGGGUAUGGAAUUUAAUUGGUUUUACAGUUUUCUUCUGGAGUCAUAUCCCGAUAGUGGAUGGUGCGAUGACCCGCAAACAGUUGAUCAAUUCGAUGGAUAUGAUGCGUUCGGCAUGUGCUCCCAAGUUCAAAGUUUCCACCGAAAUGUUGGAUAACCUGCGUAAUGGUAUAUUUGCGGAGGAUCGCGAAUUAAAAUGCUACACAACGUGUAUCGCACAGAUGGCAGGAACGAUGAAUAAAAAAGGUGAAAUCAAUAUACAGAAAACGUUGGCCCAGCUAGACGCCAUGCUUCCACCGGACAUGAAGGAAAAAGCAAAGGAAGCGGUCCAUGCAUGUCGCGAUGCGCAGGGUCGUUACAAAGAUUCUUGCGACAAAACGUUUUACUCGACCAAAUGUCUCGCCGAGUACGAUCGUGAAGUGUUUCUGUUUCCCUAGCUGGGUUUCUGUAUAGCUGGCCGAAGUUCGUUGGGUAUGGUUUCGAUCUAUCCGAUCGAGUCUGAGUCUCGAUCAUCAUCAUUAUGUGCGGGGUUAGUGCUUGAUCGUCUUAUGGAUGCGAUCUAGCACUGGGAUCGCAGAGCAAACAGCAGGCAGCAAACACGAGAGCAGCAGCAUCAGCACCUUUUUACAGCUUACGGCAGCGAACCCAACACACGAAAGUUCCCUCGCACCGCAACAUAAAGCAUCUUAUAUACCGAUGGUGAUGGAACUGUAUAGAAAGAAUGGGAAAAGAAAUAAACGAAAGCGUGUAUGUGUAUGUCCGUACGCAUAACGAAACAGUGCAAGCCCGCAUGGAAAGAAAGGCGCACUCCUAAUCAACGUUGUUGUUGUUGUUAUGCUCGAAGACUAGAAGAAAUUAUGCUGAGCAUGAAGCCAAGAUCGUAUGGAAUCCUCCUGCUGCGUCAUGGUUCACUGUUCGCGUUCAUCUCGCGUGCUCAUUGAACCGUGAAAU